AUGAAGUUUCUCGUUCAUGAGGUUCUGAGUGGCUCAUCGUUCGAGAUUGAAGUGGAUUACAAGGAUACACUCUUAGAGGUAAAACAGAAGAUCGAGAAGUCUCAACGUAUCCCAGUUUCGAAACAAACCCUUCUCGUCGACGGCAUUGUCAUUCUUCGAGAGGAUCUUACCGUCAAACAAUGCCAGAUCGUCCACGAUUCUCUUCUCCAACUCCACGUGUCUUCUGACAAGAACCCUAAUCACAACGGCGACGACAAUCAAAUGCCGCAAACCGAGCCAUCUCCAGCACCGUGGAUUCCAGUUGAAGAGUACUUUGAGAGACAAGGUUGGCCUUUGACAUCCGAAGAGAUCAAAAAGAUUUACAGUUAUCGGUCUGAGACAACUCAAGAGAUGAGUAAGAUUCAAGAUUCGCCCGUGACGGUCGUGAGCAGCAACAAGAAUCAAAUGCUUCAUCAAACCAAGCAAUCUCCUCUGUCAAACUCAGUUAAAGAGACCGUUAACAUUCAAGAUUCGUAUGUGAAGGUCGUGAGCAAGAACAACAACAACAACAACAGUGGUCAUGAAGUGCCACCAACGAAGCAAUCUCUACAGUCAAAAUCAGUCAAAGAGAUUACUACCAAGAUUCAAAAUCCGCCUGCGAAGGUGAUGAAGAGAGUCCCGAAGGAGAGGAUGGUAGUAUUUGUGUCGCUCUAUCCUGGUGAGUAUAAACCUGGAAUUGUGGCGAAUGUGAACCCUACGGAUGCCGUGAAAAAACUGAGAGAGGAGAUUGUUCAGAGAGGUGAUAUACAAAAACUGCCACUAGAUGAGUAUUUCUUUACGCACAAAAAGCAAGUAUUGAACGAAGAUCAGUCAUACGAGUGGAACGGUGUUAAAGACGCGGAUACAAUUGUGAUGGUUCCCAGAUAUGUUAUCCAACAGACCAGUAAGAUUCAAGAUUUACAUGUGACGUUUGGGAGCAGCAGAAACAAGAAUCAAGUGUUUCAUCAAACCAAGCAAUCUCCACAGUCAUAUUCAACAAAGCAUAUCAACAACAGUUCUCAAGAUUCGACUGUGAGGGUUCAACUGCCACAAACGAAGCAAUCUCCAGCAGCAGCGUAUUCGAACGUCCCGAAGAGGAAGAUUAAAGUAUUUGUAUUGCCAUCUUCUGAUGAGUGUAAAGGUGCGAAGAAUAAAAUUGAGGUGGAUGUAAACUUGACGGAUCACGUGAAGAUACUAAGAAACGUGUUGGCUGAAAGUCAAAGGAGGGGUGACUUAAAUCUGCCUCAACAAGGGUACUACUUUGAGAGAGAGCAGAAAGUGAUGAACGAAGAUGAGUCAUUCGCGUGGAACGGUUUUACUGGUCCAACCGAUGUAGUUUGGAUGGUUCCACGACGUGUUACCAUGCAAUAGGUCUGUUACUCGUGCCUCUUAACUCACACUUCUUUAGAUUCAGAAAAAAAAAAUGUUCUUUAGACAAUUUGUGUAUGAUACAUUCAGCAACAAGAAAAGGUUAUGUGGAUUUUAUCCUAUCCGAGGUUUAACUCUGUGUAGACUCCUCUUUAAUUUGCUUUUAGUUCUCAGUAUUUCUUCAAGUUCUCUUGCUUUGUUCAAAGUUUCCUUUCCAUUUCACAGC